AUGCAGCGGCCUGAGUCCAGCGACACCGAGCCGGGGUUCCCCACGGAAGCCGGACCCCCGAAGUCCAAGGGCGCAAUGAGGGGGUGCCACCAUAGAGUGUCCCCGGCCGCGCUCGCCGCGCACCCCGGCUGGGCGCAGGCGGCGGCGGCGGACCCCCCAGCCUUCGGCUCCGGCAGCCCACACCCGCCGGCCGCCCAGCCACCCGGGGCCGCCGCCUUUCCCUUCGCGCACAGCCCUCCCGGCCCGGGCGGCGGCGGCGGCGCCUACCAGGGAGCGCUGCUGGCGCGCGAGCAGUAUCCGGCCCCGCUCGGGCGGCCGGUGGGCGCCGCGUACCCCGCCGCGUACCCGGCCUACGUGAGCACCGAGGUGGCCCCGUCCUGGGCCUCCGGAGCCUUCGAGGGCGGCGUCCUACACAGCCUGCAGGGCCGCCCGGCCGGCCUCUCGGGACGCAGAGCCGCCUUGGUGUCGGACUUCUUGGAGGAGUUCCCCGGCGAGGGUCGGGAGUGUGUCAACUGUGGGGCCCUGUCCACACCGCUGUGGCGCCGAGACGGCACCGGCCAUUACCUGUGCAAUGCCUGCGGCCUCUACCACAAGAUGAACGGCGUCAACCGGCCACUUGUGCGGCCGCAGAAGCGCCUGUCCUCAUCCCGCCGUGCCGGCCUCUGCUGCACCAACUGCCACACGACCACCACCACGCUGUGGCGGCGAAACUCGGACGGCGAGCCAGUGUGCAACGCUUGCGGCCUCUACACGAAGCUGCACGGGGUGCCCAGGCCCCUAGCAAUGAAGAAGGAAAGCAUCCAGACGCGGAAACGGAAGCCUAAGAACGUUGCCAAGGCCAAGGGCUCCUCAGGGCCGGCAGGCAGCACCGCGGCCUCGCCUCCAUCCUCCGUCCCCAACCCUGAGAGCUCAGCGGCCACUUUGAAACCCGAACCCAGCCUGGCGUCCCCUUCGUGCCCUGGGCCUAGCAUCACCUCCCAGGCCUCUAGCCAGGUGGACGACCCUUUGGCUCCCAGCCACUUGGAGUUCAAAUUCGAGCCUGAGGACUUCGCCUUCCCCUCCACUACUCUGGGCCCCCAGGCUGGCCUCGGGGGGGCCCUGCGCCAGGAGGCCUGGUGUGCGCUGGCAUUGGCCUAGGUCCCCGGUCACCCACCGGACCCACCUCGCUGCCUGUGUCACUCCAGCACAGCGGAGAGACCAUCUGCCCACCGGCAAGAAGAGAUGGAGCCAGCAGGCCCUCGAGGCACUGGGCAUCCCUCAGCAGGCGGCAGGGAGGCCUGCUGCGGGCAGCAGCUAGGCCCAGAGCAGGAGGAAGGCUCAGCCCCCUACAGACAGCAAGGGACCCCUAAAUGCUGCACGAGGCUUGGAACCACACUGGGCACUCCAGCCAAGGCUGAGCCUGGGUGCCCACCGCCACCUUGAACUCUGUUGUCAACACUCGCCAUUGUCAUGUUUACAGGUUGCAGCAAUUGGAAAAAAACCCAACCUUUUGUUGUAAAGCCAGGAUCACAAGUGGAGUGGCUGAGGCUGGGCAGAAAAAGGAAUGAGGGGAGCAGCCAGCCGUGGGGCGCCCUCAGGCCUCGGGGUCUGCCCUUCAUGUCCCACCUCUGAAUGAUGGAGCCACAGCACAGAGAACUUCCCUCCUCUGAGCACAGGACUGCCAGGGACAGGUGUACAGGUCGUGCACUGUACCAGGACGCCACCCCAAGGGGAAGUCCUUCACACCGUGGCCAUCAGGGACCUGUGUAUUUAUUUGGACGGUUUUCCCAGAGAGGGGCAGUAAAGGGCCUUGUUCUGACUGAAUCUGUCUGUGAGCAUCUCUAGUGGACAGAGGAAGUACCUGGCCCCGUUCGGACCCGCAAAGGCUGCUGGCUUGUCUGUGGUCCCAGCAGAAUGGUUCAUCCCACCCCCUUCUCUUACAGAAGCCCUCCCCUCACAGAGUGGGAUGAUAGACGCAACUCUGCCAAGGGAGCUGAUGGGUGGCUCCUAACAGCAGCUUGACGUCGGGGAGGCGGUAGGGACUGGAGGGGAGUGGGGCACGCCUGCCCCAGGGCUACAAGCAUAUUUCCACUUAGGUGCUGCCUGCUACCAAGACCUGAUUCUUCCAGGGGAGCCAGAAACUAGAUUUUUUAUUAUUUUUUAUGUGAAGCCUUCUUACUGAAAGUUUCUUUUCCCCAACUCCCAAUUUGGUUCAAAAAUCUUUUCGAUGUUGUGAGCCAGCUAAGACAGCUGUGAGCCAGCCACCACCGUGCCACUGUUUGUUGUCCCUGGCGUCAGCUUCUAGAGUGUUUCCGUUCAUCCUGCAGUUGUCCCUUGAGGUUCAACCGGCCCAAUCUCCACAUGAUGUUGUCUUUUUUUUUUUUUUAAGACAAAUGAGGCCAUAAGGAAACAUGUGAAAUAAAGACCUUGACUUUG